AUGGCCUCCGAGACCCCCUCUGAACGGCCUCUUCUCAGAGGUGGAGUGGAAAGAGGAGCCAGGCAGCUUCCUCAGGUAGGGAAAGAGCAACGGGAGCAGGGAGGAGGGAAGAGGCACAGAUGGGACCACCCAGCCUCCCUCUGUGUUGAGUGGGAAUGAUGGGGAUCUAAGAGCAGCUCUGUCUUCUUCCUCUUCUUCUUCUUCGUCUUCUUCCUCCUCUUCCAGGCCCUCUUGACCUUUGAGGAGGUGGCUGUGUUUUUCACGGAGGAGGAGUGGGCUCUGCUGGAUCCUGGCCAAAGAGCUCUGCACAAGGAAGUCAUGGAGGAGAAUUAUGAGAUGGUGGCCUCUUUAGGUAAGGGCACAUUUUUUCCCCUCUUGGCUGUUAGACGUUGAAGUUGGAAAUCUGCUGUUUGAACCAUUUAUUCAUGCCGUGUCUUCCUCUUUGGUGACCCCUUGUAGCCGAGUAAGAUUGUCUUCCAUGAACAUGAUCUUAACGGUGUGUCCGUAAGGGACUGUGGAGUCCAAUUCUGGAUCCACACAUCCUUUGGCAGUGGGGACAUAGGUUUCCAGGUGGGAGUUGAUCACGGUGAGGGUUUGCCAAACAUGCUUUCCUCUUAGCUUGUUUCUCCCUUUUGGCCUGAGUUUGUGGUUCUUCAAAGUCCAUGAUGCCUUUGGUAAAGGUUAUUUUCCAAUCGGAGCACUCACUGGCCAGUGUUUCCCAAUUUUCUGUUCUUAUACUGCAUUUUUUUUUAGAUUUGCCUUGAGACCAUCUUGAAACCUCUUUUGUUGUCCAUUCUUAAGUUCCAUUCUUAAGUUGGCAAUAGAAUAGUUGUUUUGAAGGCAAUAAUCAGGCAUCUGAACAACAUGGCCAGUCCAAUGAAGUUGAUGUUGAAGAUUGUAGUGUAUAGCAAUACUUCUCAGGGAUGUCCCUUCCCAGAGUGAGACUGCGUAGACUCCAGGGAAGAAGGCUGGGCAGGCUAAGGAGGGUAGAGGCUUGAAUCCUGCUCACACUGAGAGUGAUGGAAGUCUGUCCCAUCCUGGAAUGCAGGCUAUAAAUUCCCAAGACAGCACAGGGCAGACAGAGCCUGCUUCAGAGCAACUGCCGCUGUUAGAUCCGGCUCAAGAGGAGGAGGAAGGCCAGCUGUCCCCGAGUCUCCUCAGAGUAGGCAGAAGAGUAGAGUAGAGGCGCAACGCCAGCCCAACAGGAGGUGGGUCAACCGGUGGAGGAUAUCCUGCUGGCGUCAACAGUGUCAUCCAGUGGGUCCAACUGUCUCAUUGGGAGAGGACUGAGCUGCGAGGGCUCGGACUGAAGCUACUGUGUAAAUACUCAAUAAAUCUAAGAGUAAUAAACCUGCCAGCUUGCCGCUUCUUGGUAUGAGAGGAGCAUGGUAAAUCCUGACAACACUGUACUUUUGUCUGUAGGAAACUCUUCAUAAGCUGAUAUUGUGGUAUGAAUUCCCCACAAAAACCUCUGUAAAAUCUACAAAGAGGUUUUCUGGUGGAUGUCAUUAUUAGCUUUUAAUGGGCCACCAGAUACUUUGCAGUAACAAAAUAUUGUUAUUUUGGAUACUUUUACAGUCACAUAUGACAUACACAACGCUUCUGCUUUACUUAUUCCACAUAGCAGAGACUCUGAUAUUCAGAUCUGAGCUCACCUCCUCGCUUGGAACAGAAAAAUACAGGGAUGUUGUCCUGGACCAAUUGAGAGGUACAUACUUCCACUUUGCUGUGAGGCUGUACCUUUGUAUGUCUCCUUUCAGUGUAUAGGGAUAUAACAAGAGCCCUUUUGCAUCAAAAUGAGGGCCCAUCUUUUCCAGCAUCCUGGUGCAGGUUUAGGUGAUGUAUACAGUGGGUUGGAAUGUAUCAGCAAGAUAUUACAGAUCAGGGAGGAAGGAGAAAACCCAAUACAGACGCAAAGCAUUUUCACUUGGGGGAGAUGAAGAAUGGGCCAUAAAUGCCUCAUCUGUAUAUAGAAGGGUUUUUUUGGUGUUCAGUGCUACAUGGGAGUUGAAGGUAGAACUGGAUACUAAGGGUUCUUCAGGCUAUUUUCAGAUUUCCUUUCCUUUCCUGAAACUUUAGUACAUAGGAGAGGGAGGUAUGCUAGAAGUGUUAAAAUAAGAGAAUGUGCUGAUUGGUCUUGCUGUGUGUUAAGUUCUCUUGUUCAUUUCCUUAAAUUGUUGUUGUUGUUGUUUAGUUGUUUAGUCGUGUCCGAGGCAUACUUGUCUUCCACUGCCUCCCGCAGUUUGGUCAAACUCAUGUUCGUAGCUUCGAGAACACUGUCCAACCAUCUCAUCCUCUGUCGUCCCCUUCUCCUUGUGCCAUCAAUCUUUCCCAACAUCAGGGUCUUUUCCAGGGAGUCUUCUCUUCUCAUGAGGUGGCCAAAGUAUUAGAGCCUCAGCUUCACGAUCUGUCCUUCCAGUGAGCACUCAGGGCUGAUUUCCUUAAGAAUGGAUAGGUUUGAUCUUCUUCCUUAAAUACUUAGCAAUAUUUUCUUAUCUCCCACUUUAAACCAGGUGAUGGAGGAGGCAAUCAGAAUAUUGAAGGGCCAUCUGCAAAGUACUUAAGUGUGAGUGAACACCUUAGCACCCAUCUACAAACUAACACAGGAGAGAAACCCUUUAAAUGCAUGGAGUGCGGAAAGAGCUUCAGUAAAAAUGGAAACCUUACUGUACAUAAACAAAUUCACACAGGGAACAAACCAUUUAGAUGUAUGCAGUGUGGAAAGAGCUUCAGACAAUGUUCACACCUUACUAUACACCUACGAACUCACACAGGGGAGAAACCUUUUGAAUGUAUGGAGUGCGGAAAGAGCUUCAGUGAGAGUGGAAAACUUACUAUACAUCAACGAAUUCACACAGGGGAGAAGCCCUUUAAAUGUAUGGAUUGUGGAAAGAGUUUCACUGAGAGUGGAGGGCUUAGAAAUCAUCAGCGGACUCACACAGGGGAGAAACCAUAUAAAUGUUUGGAGUGUGGAAAGAGCUUCAUUCGUAGUGGGAAACUCACUCUACACCAACAAAGUCACACCGGGGAGAAACCAUUUAAAUGUAUUUGUGGGAAGGCUUUCAGUCAUAGUGGAGCUCUUGCAACACAUCAACGAACUCAUACAGGGGAGAAACCAUUUAAAUGUAUUGAGUGUGGAAAGAACUUCAGUGAAGCUUCAAAACUGACCAUACAUCUACGAACUCACACAGGGGAGAAACCCUUUAAAUGUUUAGAGUGUGGACAGAGUUUCAGUCACAAUGGAACACUUACUAGACAUCAACGAACUCACACAGGUGAGAAACCAUACAAAUGUACUGUUUGUGGAAAGUGCUUCAGUGCCAGUGGAAGCCUUACUCUACAUCAACGAACUCAUACAGGGAGAAACCAUUUAAAUGUUUGGAGUGUGGAAAGAGCUUCAUUUGUAGUGGAAGACUCACUGUGCACCAACAAAGUCACACCGGGAGUAAACCAUUUAAAUGUAUUUGUGGGAAGGGUUUCAGUCAGAGUGGAGCUCUUGCAACACAUCAACGAACUCAUACAGGAGAGAAACCAUUUAAAUGUAUGGAUUGUGGGAAGGGUUUCAGUGAUAGUAGAACUCUUAGAAGACACCAGCGAUCUCACACAGUGGAGAAGCCCUUUAAAUGUAUGUAGUGCUGAAAGAGCUUCAGUAAAAAUAGGAGACUUGCCAUACAUCAACAAAUUCACACAAGGGAGAAACCAUUUAGAUCAGGGGUGUCCAAACUUUUUUCAAAGAGGGCCAGAUUUGAUGAAGUGA